CGGAGAUCAGCAAAGGCGACGAACCUCACAGAUAAUAUGGGAAAUGACUGGUUUGGCAAGAGAAUUCGCAACUGGGUGGGCCCUACUCUGGGUAAUGCCAAAGAUACGGCGUGUUACAGGCAAAUGGUGCCGUAUAACAGCAGUAAAGUGUGUCCUGCAGGCUACACCAUGUACGACCCAGUCGAUGGCACCUGCAUCGCUGAAUGUCCGCUAGCGUACCCCGUCAACUGCUUUUUGGAAUGUAUUCCUCAAAAUGACGACUGUGCUCUGGAGAUAGCGCAGAAGGCUGUAGCUGUGCUGGCUUCGGUGGUUAAUGUGGCAACGGCAGGUAUCCUCGGCACUGUCAUCUCGGUCUAUCGGAACGUCAGACGGAAUUUCUUCUGCGCCGCGAACAUCGUCGGCGUGCUCCGAUCUCUUAUCUACUACAUCAGAUUUAAGCAAACAACUGCGCCUCAAGGAGCGGUGGAAGAAAUCCUCGCGGUGGCGUACCAAUCCGAUGUCGUUAUCGUGGACUUGCCAGUAGCAAUUUGCCAUUGUCUAGGGCUCCACGUGCCGCCAACUUUGGUGUUUUCCGGUAUUGUGAUGAUGAUUGUGGAAGCCAUUGUCAAGCAGGUUAUCGUCAACGGCGACGAGAUUCUUUCGUCUGCGCAAAAUGUGUAUAAUUUACUGUACAACGUCAGUGUCCUCAAUUCCUCCAGCUCCAGUGUGGAUGAACUGCAAGAACUCAUGGAUACCAACUCGACGUGUGGAUAUCAACUCAAGCGGCUUACAGACCACGUCAUUCUCUCGGUCAACGGCGUUCGCAAGAAAUAUCCCGGCGCUACAAUCAAUGAUAUCCGAGUGAAAAUCAGCAGGUCUUCACUUGUACUGAAGGAAAUCCCCGAAGCAACUAAUAACUGUAUGGACGAAUUGUUAUCCUAUAAAACCAAGCAAGCAGCGUAUGAGACGCGAGAUCUACUAAGGAAAACAUUUGGCGUGAUCGUCGAGCAGCUUGUCACGACUGCCACUACGAAUAAAGGAGCAUUCGUCGCAGAACAACAGUACAUGUUGGAGGUGACAAACUACGGGUUGGUGAUGUUUUCGGGGCUUGACCCGACACGAAUCGUGUGGCUGGCGUCUCAAUUUGUUCAACCAACGUGCGGACCCACUGCUUUCAUCGGUGAGAUCGAUGACGGCUCAUUGUAUGACGCACUGGGGCUUCAGACGAUAGACGAAGCGUUUGUCGGGAGCUACGGCACAUGGAAGAAGAAAGGAGAUGGCAAGGUGAAUCUCAUCUUCACCAGUUCGGAUAUAAAGGACGUGAAGGUUGUGAUUCACUCGGGUGGCAAAACAAUCGCCAAAGUGCCAGUGGCUGCAGGAGGGAGGGCGACGUGGAAUUCGACCGUCGCGAAGCUGGAAGAUAAAACGUUGUAUCUUGAUCGCUGGCGACCAAAUUUUAUUGGUAUUCCGGGAUCAGGAGGGGGCUCGCUCUUGUUGUGGGUCCCGAGGGCGUCGCGAGGUGGCCACUUGACUCUGCAUGUUCGAAUCAAUGUCAGCUAGUUGUCAUGCGUGAAGUUUUAGGUGUGGCUAAAUGGUGUAAAAUGAAAUAGAAGUGAAUACAAAAAGUUGAUAAAUCA